UUUGCCGAUCAGCGUUGUGGUAAGGAUGGCGGCGGAUCGGGUAGCCAACGGGAUGCAGGGAGGUAGCGGUGAAAGCAACUCGCCAGGAGCGGCAAAUGUGGGAUCGAGGGACGAGUGGGUUCGUCUGAACGUCGGAGGGACCGUGUUUCUCACGACCAAGACCACACUCUGCAGGGAGAAGAGCGGUUUCCUGGCACGGCUCUGCCAGGACGACCCAGACCUUCCCUCUCUCAAGGACGAGACUGGAGCCUAUCUAAUUGACAGGGACCCGCGCUAUUUUCCCCCCAUUCUCAACUACCUCAGACACGGGCGGCUCAUCAUCGACGGAGGAAUAUCGGAAGAGGGCGUGGCAGAAGAGGCGGAGUUUUACAACCUCUCGACACUCACGGCGGUCAUUAAGGAGAAGAGCAAAUUGAGGGUUUCUGAGUUCAAGAGUGAUCAGAAACAGGUGUACCGGGUACUCCACUGCCAGGAAGGAGAGCUGACCCAAAUGCUCUCAACUCUCUCUGACGGCUGGAAAAUGACACAGUUAGUGAACAUAGGCUCUCAGUAUUCGUACAGCAGUGAUGACCAGUCAGAAUUCCUUGUGGUAGUCUCGCGGGAAUUCGACGAGCCUCCAAGAUCCAACACCAAACCCACCACAAAGGAAAAGGCUCUGCAGCUCUCAGGUUCACGGAUGUGAAUUUGAAAAUUUAUACCAUCUUUGACUAUACAAUAAUUUCUUACACUUUUUCCUUUGUAAAAAUGAUAAUAACGAUAAAAAGAGCAGUGCAAAUAAUUUUAGCUACAGAGAGACAUUUUGACAUGAUGAUGGGUGUCCUGUACACAAGUCCGCACAACAUGAACAAAAAGUGCAAAUAAUCUACAGAAUCUUGUUGCAUCAAUCAGAUAAAGUAUAAUAUGAUACAAUCAUGAAGAUGUACACAAAGACACUACACAUAUAUGUGAGGGAAGACAUACAUACAGACGGAGUCAAAGCACUACAUAACAAUGACAUCAUCACUAUAACAGGGGGACCACGAGGGGUUAAAUCACACAAACAGUCACAUUGGCUUUACACAUGCCGAGGGUGGGGGGAGGGGAAACAUUCACAAAAUACGGCAAAGAGAAGAUAAAAUUCUUGGUGGUUUUCGUAGUGUCAGUCACGAUGAUGAAUAUAUACUACAAGUCGAAAAGGUCUCCUAUACCUUCAGUCACGUCCAGUCCAAAGUUAAAAUCCCCAUCUUGAAGUGGGGGAGAGAGCGACUCGAAACUGGCGAGGCUCGGGAGUAGCACGCCGGGGUCUAGCUGCCCUAGUCCGCUCAGGAGACAGUCCAGGUCGUCCGGUGCCGCGUCGGCUAUCGAACUG